GGGGAGUUCGGGCUCAGUCUGACGAUUCAGCUGGAGUGAGAAGUCCAAGCAUUUCCACACUUUAUUGUUAGAUUUGUGGUGAUGUGAUAAACCCAAGUGGAGAACACAAUGGACUACUUUGGUUACUUGUGUCUCCUUUCUGAGGAGCUUGGACCUUUAAAGUUGGCACUAGUUUCGGCACGCUUCGACGCAACCACAGUUAGUGAAGAAAAAAUGUUUGAAUAUCUGUGGAACUUGGAAGAGGUCCAGCGCUGCCUUAAAGUCGAAGCUACUCCUGCCAGCAAGUCAGAGGAGAAAGCAAAAUCUUUCAGAAUGCAAGGAAACGAUUAUUAUCGGAAGAGAAAUUUGAAACAAGCUCUCUCUUAUUAUAAUCGCAGUAUUAUGUUUUCUAUCUUCCCUUCUAUCAGUUCAAAUUCUUCGUCUUCAAAUGAAUCUAGAGGAACAGCCAGUGAUGAUAGUCUGAUGAUUUCUGAGAGUAUUGUUCCAGGCGAGAUUGCAGCCGAUGCCCCGACAAGGCUUGAAAGAGAAGCACAAGAAGCCACCAGGUCUGUGGAAACUACCUCUAAGAAUCGCACGCCCUCCACACCAUUCCAAAAUAAUGUUUUUCCCAACAAGGAAGGCAAUCUACGGCAAGAAAAAUGUGACCAGUUGGAAUUACCAAACAAAGAUAUUGGGCAUACUACGACACCGAAGAGGGAAUUAGCUCUAGCAUAUGGUAACAGAUCUGCUGUGCUAUUUGAGCUUCAACAAUAUGAAUAUUCACUUUUGGACAUAGAGAGAGCCUUACAGUAUGACUACCCAGAAGAAUUGAAGAAUAAGUUAUUACAUAGGAAAAGCAAGUGUUUAUCGGCCCUGAGGAGUGGAAAACAUAAAGAAAAAUUGGUCACAUACUUCCCUAGCACUGAGAACGCCAUGGAACCAAGUGCCACCAUAAUAGGAGCUAGUAAUGCUCUUGCACUUACAUACAAACCCGAGAAAGGACGAUGCGUGGUGGCCAAAAGAAAUAUCCGCCCAGGCGAGGUUUUGCUGGUUGAAGAUAGUUCAGUGAUGUGUUUGGAUGAAGCCCAUGUUGCAACGAACUGUUCUUCGUGUCUGGCGCAUUGCUUGGCUCCUGUUCCUUGCCCGACUUGUUCUUUGGUGAUCUUCUGCAGCGAACCGUGUAGGUCAAAGGGGCUGGCGGGUUCCCACGGAAAAGAAUGCCAAGCGCUUCCCAUCUUGCUGAGCCACGUGCACAUGCUGAUGUCAUAUCGUUUACUGAUGCAGACCACUCACGCCAAGGUAAAGGACCUUGUGCCAAUACUACGGGAAGAAGCGAAGACCCGCAGCAAAGCUGAUCUUGGACUGAACGAUGAUUCUGUUUACGAUAGCUCUGACUACAGGACGCUCUACCACCUAACGACGAACGCGGAACAAUCGUGUGCUCCAUACCUCCUAAGUCAGUGUGUCUUAGCAGUGCUUGUUACCAAGCUGCUGGUGGAGAGUCGGCAGUACUUCGUUGAUGAUGCUGGUGUUGCUUUUACGCCAGGCAACGAGGACCUGUUACUUUCAGGGACCACCGCCUUUCAUCAUAUUCUCACCUUUACAUGCAAUAACCACGAAGUUGUUGAAUGUCAAAUGCAGAAAACUCCCAUGGAUGUAAAGACACAGUUGAUUGGAUACGGGCUUUCCCCGGUCCUGUCCCUCUUCAAUCACUCGUGCUACCCAUCAGCAUUCUACAGGGCUAAUGAGGGCCAUGUGAGAGUGGCUGCCUUGCGUUCAGUCAAAGCAGGUGAAGAGGUGACCCUGAAUUAUUUUCCAGCAUUUGUGGAAAUGGACUUGAUACCACGAAGAGCUUUUCUUCGUUUUAAGUACAGUUUCGAAUGCCACUGCGAGGCUUGUGACGGGGACUGGAGUUCAAUGUCUUCCUCGUCCAAGUUCCAAAUUAAAUGCCCAGAAUGUGGAAGUCGGGUCAACCUCGCUUCAAAAUCUUGUCUUCGUUGUCGAUUAGUUUAUGGGGGCAGUGACACGUUCAAUGUGCGUGAAAUCCAAGACAAAAUUUUCCAGGCCAUGGCGGAAAUACCCAAGUUAAGCAAAUGCUCCAAAGACAAUCCAGCACUAGAUGAAAAUCUAGAACGCCUCGUAUCAAUGAUAGAACUCUUUGACAAGUAUAUUUUGCCUCCGAACCAAGCUCACGUUGACCUCCAAUGGCUUCUGAGGCGAUAUCACAUGUACACUAGCCGCCGUUAUGUUAUGAUGGAUGGGUUCCGCUAAUAACAUCCUUGAGGGGCUUAACAAUUGGUGUUCGUAACGCGAGAUCUCUUCAGCGUAAAAAAUAAAUGAUAAAAUGAAUAGCUCAGACACCUACGGUUAUACAUACACUCAUGAAUGCAGGCCUUUUUUCCUCUUUUUCUUUUUCUUUUGGAGUUGGUGUCUUUUCUCACGUUAGUAGCCGAUCAAACAUCACUGCUUAUAAUAAUAUAAACUAAUAUAUCUAUUGUACUGUAAUUACUGUUAUAUUCAUCUUUAUCAUGUACUAGAAGGAAACUGCAGACUGAUGAUGAAAUAGUUAUAUACUUUCUUGUAUAGAGAUUUGAAAAUUCUGUUGUUAUUAUUGUAGGCCGUUUGGAGAAAGUUCUCCCUUUUAUUUACACUAAAGAGAAGUUGCAUGUACGCUUGCUGCCGCCUUUGUUGAGUUUGAAGGCAGAACGGCUCCCAGGUACCAGGUCUUUUAGUCAGUUUUCAUGUCUUGUAAUUAUUUUAUUUUACUAAGCGUAAUCCAUAUAACACUUCUCACAUAUCAAACAUUGGUCCAAAUGCAAUGACUUUAAUUCUUCCUUAAAUAUGAAGAAAGCUUUAUUGAUUAAUUACUUAAAUGACGUGGAGGUUUGAAGGAUUUCCUUGUGCUUUAGAUUUUUUCUUACUCUCGAUUAAUUACUAUUGUAGCCUGAGGAUGUAAGAACCUGCUUUACUAUCAUGCAAAUGAAUCAUGCACUACCCUUUAAUGCAACACUGCAAAUUUAAAACAUUUUAAAACCUAUGACAGAAAAAGUUUCGUGUUUAAGAUUUUGAAGGCCUUAAAUUUAUAAUGCUUAUGACUCUGUGUACAUGGCUAAUGGCAAGCUCAAAUAAAUGUGCUAUACAUCUGAAGUCAUAUAGCACUAUGAUUAAGCAUUGAGACAGAAAGGGUAAACAUGGGAUAAUGGUUAAGGCAAGAUGUGUUGUAUGUGUGUGAUCCUGAAAGCUUAAAAUAUCCGUUGAUUUUCAUCCAUUUUAUAAUAGUGUAUUAUAUUAGUAUUUUGUAGUGAUUUUUUAAACUGAUAACAGUUACCUAUUUUGGAAUAAACUAAGGCCACACCAUUUCAUUUGUUGCUUCUCAGAUGUUUUCUGGAAAAAAUGGAGCAACAGGGGAAAAAAGUCUUGGGUAAAGAUAUAGGGCUUCCAGAACGUAAAGAAUAACAGGAUUGCUCCAGUUUUCAGCUUUUCAUGGCACGUCUUAUGUAAUGAAUUCUGUCCUUUUUGAUAUAUAAAGAACAUUGUGUUGCAUUUACUACUAUUAUUGUAUUUUUUGCAUGUAUAAUGCCAUUCCAAAGUUUAAUAAGCCAGUAACAUUUAAAAAAUACCCUUAAGCAAACACCCAAAACCCGAACAACAAGUUUGCCUUGUCGGGUCCCUUUCCACUGGCAUUUUGUCGUCUUUGGCAUGCAAAUUCUCAGGUUUACAAACAAAACAUCAGUCUGCUCUACUGUCUACAUGCUUUAUAAAUUACUCUAAACUAAACUAAACUAAAACUAUAAAUUCAGUUUAGUUCUAGAGGUUAUAGUGGCACACACCAGUUCACAACAAAGCCAAAGGCAACACAUUGGUUUGAAAGAUAAAAUGCAUCCUGAUUGGUUGUCCUCUAGCAUGGUUUCUGGCAGCAUCUGCCUCUGAUAGUGGCAAUAUGUACAGGUUUCCGAAAGCAAAACCUGUAGUGUUUUUUGGUCCGGCCUUCUUAUUUUUUUUCCAAACUGCAAACAAAUUGGAAGCUGCGAAUCAGAGAAGCAUCAAAUAAAAUUGGUGUGGCCUAAAGGAAAAUAUAUCCAGAUAUAAAUCUUAGUUUGCCGGCACUCACUGAAAUAUACUAGGUGUCAUGCAUGUGUUUCAUCAUUUUCCUUUUCCCAACACUCCUCCCCUCCAGUGUACAAAGCAAAAGGACUUAUUGGCUCUAAAAAAUGAAUUGUUGCUGAAAAAUUCUAGCAAGCACUCAUUAUAGGACAUCCUAAAUUGACAGUUUCUGAAGGUUCUUUUUGUCCAUUGGCCUUUCAUCAUGAAAAUAGUGUCUUUAUUGAAAACAAAAAAUCUCAUUUGCCACACAUUGUCUUGAUUUCGUCAAUAAAUAUAUAUAUUUUUUAUUACAUGGAUCGUCAUUAAUGUAGUGUUAAAAGCAUACACCAGAGAUUUAUCCCCCUCAUCCUGCUCAUGAAAAUUAUGAUCCCUAAUUAAAAAUGAAAAAGUGUGUAGUGCAAUCUCAAAUGACAAACUUCUGAUUAAACUUGAAGUUACAAAGGGUCAAUCACAUUUGCACUUAUUUCAAACUAACUUCAAUUGCAUCUUAAUUUGCCAGCAUCCAGGUAGAAUGAUCACGUCCAAUAUGUAUGAGCUAGUCAAUUUGUAUUUAGACUGAAUACUGAGGCAUGGUAAUUCAACUGGUCAUUGUCCUUACUUAUUAUUUUCCUUUUUUAUAUAAAAGUCCUUUAAAUACAAUGAGUGUACCAUUUUUCACGCACACUUUUUACAAAGGAUAAUAAAACUGAAAAUCAAGCAUUACUUAUAUUACAUAUGAUAGAUGUUUCUCUAGGAAUAACAGUAGUGUUCCAUUAAAACAAGUUCAACUAUACCACCAAUGAUAGAGGGUUUACAAGUUUAACAUGAAAAGUUUUGAUUAAACUCAAGUUAAACCAUAUACAGGUAUAAUGUGAAACUGUUCCAUCAAAUAUAAGUUAUAUCUGAUAUAACAAGUUUCUGAAACAGUAACAUCCUGUGAACUGUUACAUCACUAACAAAAUACUACACUUACUCUGUAGCAUUUUGAAAAUCAUGUAUAGACAAUAUAUAUAUAUUUCUAUAUCCAAAUGGAUCACUAAAACUUAAUUCCAAGUGCUCUAAUGGUGUCAUCAGAAAACAUUUCACAGUUCCCUAAAAUUUAAAUGCAAAAAUAAUUGGUUAACUUUGCCUUGCUCUAUUGAAGAUGUGUCUUUGCUUGCAUUCUGUUAUGCUGUCCUUGCAGGCUACAAAUUCUUUUAAUGAAAUCAAUAAAGUUUAUGACGGUUUACAUAUCCUAAUCUGUCUAUGAACCAAAGAGGUCUUAUAGCACUUCUAUAUUUCUUUAACCUUACUGUUCCCUCACCACUGAUGAGCACUGAAAUUGAUAAUGACCUAUAAAUGAUGAUAAUUUUUAUAGCAUUAUAAAAUAGCUACAGUGCUAACUUGUUCUUUUAAGAACAUACACUGAGAAAAAAAAGAGACCUAUCUGUCUAUAUUCUAUUGCUAGGAUGGAAUCCUGAAAAAUUUAAAGUUUCUCAAAUAAAAUCUUAUAGGCCUACUUCCAUAAGUAUGAUCAAGUUUUCUGUCUUUUUUCUUAAGAGGUAUGAUAUAUUUACAUAUAUAUAUGAGCAUUAUUUUUUCUAGACAGAAAAAAGUUAUAAACUAAUAGGAUCAAAGCAUGGUUGCUUUCCAAAAUGCUAUGUUACAUUUCAAAAAGUAUAGUUCAACUUGAGCUUUUUCUGUGAAAAAAUAAGACAAACUUUGGGUAAAGCUUUGCAGGAUAAGGGAGUUUGAAAGGAAUAAGAGAUGGAAAACCCAUUAAAAUAAUGACAACAGAAAGAUGGAACAUGCAUGUAAGAUAAUGUAUACACUCCCUUACCUAUCAUCUGCUUCAUAUACUCAUGAAUGCACUUCCUAGUCUAAACAGAAUUUCACCUUUGAAUAUACUGCAAAAUUCACUUUCCCCUAUUCAUUCUGUCACUAAUUCCUCUCUUAACUUGUCCUUGUCGUUCUUCCCUUGAUUUAUUUUUCCCCCCUUUUACUCCCUUACAUCAAAACAAAUUCUUGACAACACUCAUACAAGCAUGUAUUUGCUUAAUGUUCUGUUUAUUUUUUUUACUGUUAUAGUUUUUCUUUCUUUGUUUUUCCAAUAAGAAAAUUGUGGUGGAAGAUAAAUGUAAGCAAAAAAUUCAUUUAGCAUAGCAGUGCAUAUACUGUAUGUUUAUAAAUGAGGAAAAA